AUGUCCGCCCCCGUUGCUCACGCUGUCAAGAAGGCCGCCGUCAUCGGUGCCGGCCAGAUGGGCCUCGGCAUCGCGUACGUCUCGGCGCUGCACGCCAAGGUGCCGACGACGAUCUACGACCCCUCGGACAAGGUGCUGUCCAAGGCGCUGACGCACCUGGACAAGCUGCUCGAGCGCGACAUUUCGAAGGGCCGUUUCUCGAAGGAGGACGCCACUGCUGCCCGUGAGCGCGUCACCUCUGGCCGCGGCGACGGCACGGGCGAGGGCGGCCCGGACGUGCUCGCCAAGGACACGGACCUUAUUGUCGAGGCCAUCCCCGAGAACGUGCCGAUGAAGACUGGCCUCUUCUCGCGCCUCGGCGAGAUUCUCCCCCCGCCCGCUAUCCUCGGCUCGAACACUUCUUCCAUCUCCCUCACCCGCCUGGCUGCCGCCGCGGGCCAGCCUGGCGACAACGGCGCCUCUUCCGGCCGCGUCGUCGGUAUCCACUUCUUCAACCCCGUCCCGCAGAUGAAGCUUUGCGAGAUCAUCCCCGCCCUGCAGACGAACAAGGAGACGCUGCAGCGCGCCCGUGCCUUCGGCCAGGCGUGCGGCAAGACCCUCGCCCAGUCAGCCGACACGCCCGGCUUCAUCGCCAACGCCAUCCUGAUGCCCAUGAUCAACGAGGCCGUCAUGCUGCUCGAGAAGGGCGUCGCGACCAAGGAGGACAUUGACACGACCUUCAAGCUCGGCAUGGGCCACCCCAUGGGCCCCCUCACGCUCGCGGACCUCAUUGGCCUCGACACCUGCCUCGCCAUCCAGAAGGUCCUCUUCACCGAGACCGGAGACUCCAAGUACCGCCCCGCGACCCUGCUCCAGAAGUACGUCGAUGCCGGGUGGUACGGAUCCAAGAGCGGAAAGGGCUUCUACGACUACCCCCGCAAGUAA